UGAACUGAGCGUCUCGGCGCUCGCAUCGGCACUGCGCAGUGCAGCUGGUAACGGCAUCGCGGAGCGUACUCCGCUCUGAAGCCCCGAGGAGGGAAGACUUCGCCAGGGAGAGUCUCUCUUCUGCCUACGGGGAAUAAAACAAACAAAAUAUAUAAAGGUGGAAGAAAGAGCCCCUCCCGUCACAAAGUGGUGGUGGAGAGCGGGACUCAGCUGCCUUCGAUCGCUCUCCGUCAGCGAGCGGAGCAGCAUGCUUCAGAUCUUUCUGCCUGCCUUCCGCGGCGCUCAAGACGGGAUCAUUUGUAGGCAGAACCUGGCUUUUUCUGGGGUUUUUUUCCGGGAUGAAUGAGUGACAAAUCCCCCUUCCGAGUUCACCAGUAAGGGCUUGCAUGGGAGAUGAACGUGGCCGGGAAUCAGCCAGCUGAAGUCAUUGAGCGACCAGUCAGCCUCCCGGUGCCAACUUGGACUAAAACUGGAAUAGCCUUGCUGUACAACAAAGACACCGAUAAUACCUGUGAUAUUCGUCUAAAGCUAACAAAAGAAGUAUUAACCAUACAAAAACAGGAUGUGAUCCGAAUCGGCGGAGCCGAAUCCCAUUCAGAUCACAGAACCGUUGUACUUCGGAGGCAAGCUGUUGGGGGCUUGGGUCUAAGCAUCAAAGGAGGGUCAGAACACAAAGUGUCCGUGGUCAUUUCAAAGAUAUUUAAAGAUCAAGUUGCCGAUCAAACAGGAAUGCUGUUCGUUGGAGACGCAGUGUUACAGAUCAAUGGCAUCAGUGUUGAAAACUCUACACAUGAAGAAGUUGUGCAUCUAUUGCGCAAUGCUGGAGACGAAGUCACAAUUACUGUUCAGUACUUCAGGGAUGCACCAUCAUUUCUAAAGCUUCCACUAGGCUCUCCUGAACCACGCAGUGAUCACAGUAGCAGAACAUCAUCUCCACUGUCCGACAGUGGUUUUCAUCUAAAUGGAAAUUCAAAUCACAGAGUCCCAUCUUCACCUCCGUCACCCUCAGCUAAUGAACCAAAGUACAAGAAGUGCUGGGUGGGUGCCGUGUCCCUACCCCUGCUGAUGGCCCGAGUCUCCAGGUGUAGAGCUGGAACCGAUAAAUUAAGGUCCAACUGCUUUGAAGUUCUUGCCUUAAAUGGGGAACGUUCCAGUGUUCUACAGUUUUGCACGGCUGCUGAAAGCACAGACUGGAUUCAGUCAAUAUCGAAUAACAUCAACAACUUAACACUCGAAAAUAUGAAAACGAUUAACAAAUGCUUUGCACCUGAUGACCAGAUCAUCCACAUGGGAUGGGUGUGUGACCACUUACAAUCCAGCGACUCCCCACCUCACUGCUUCAAGUUUCUUGCAUUAAAAGGCUCCUCUCUCUACAUCUUCAGGACCCCCCCAGUCAGCACGUUGGAGUGGGGACGAGCUGAGGCGAUUCACAACCUCUGUGAAGUUCUCUUUAAGACUCACAAGCUCUGGAUUGCAGAGGACUGUUGGAUCCAGUCAAAGCUUCAGCUGAGUCACCAUCACGAUUGUGAGUCACAGAAUAGUAAGCCUUACAGCUUCAGUGUCCUGCUGGGGCACGGCCAGAGUCAUUCCUUCAGUGUCGAGCUGGGCAGUGAUCUCACCAUAUGGGAGAACUCCUUCCAAAGAGCGGUAUUCAUGGAGGUACAGAGAGCAAGGUCAAAGACCUACCUGUGUAGCAACCAGGGAAAAAUCCUCUGUUUCACUAUAGAUUUUGAGUCUGGAUUCACAUGCUCUGAAAGUAGCACAAAGAAUAUCGUUUGGAAGUACAAAUUUUCCCAACUGAAGGGAUCUUCCGACGACGGGAAGACGCGCGUGAAACUCCUCUUCCAGAAUUCAGAAAACAAGCAAAUAGAAAUGAAGGAGCUGGAGUUUGCAAACCUGACUGCUGUCUUGCACUGUGUUCACUCCUUCAUCGCUGCCAAAGUAGCCUCUAUGGACCCCGUCUUCAUCAACAGUCAGAACGUCAGCAGGAAGCACACACACAGCUAGGACUCAGCAGACUUUUCCUCUGCACUUGUUUCUAGCCGAUCUGCUAUUUUAUUAAUAUUAUGUCUGUAAAUAUAUUUAUUCCUUUUUAUUUUUGUAUAAGUCUUUAAAGAUUAGGGAGAAAAUGUUUAAAAUGAAUGAAUUUUGGCAAUAGGGAGUUUUUUUUAUUGAUGAUUGAAGAAUCAUUUCAAAAUCUGGUUGCAUUUUACACAAUGACCCUGUAGAAAACUGUAGAGCUACCUAGGAUCUG